CUCUUUAAGAAUAAAAAAGAAAAAAAAUGGGAAAAAUUUCGUUAGCGAUAUGUCUAACGUUGCUUGUCACAUUAAGCACUGUUUAUGAAACACAAGGGACGUUCUCAUUACCCCUUUACUUGAAAAAUUUCCCCAAAGUGGGCAAAGACUAUGAGGCUUUCGCAAACAAAGGUAUAUCGGACUUCUUGGGUGAACUGGAGGGUAUGUGUCCUAAAACCGCAGAGUUCAAGGAUUUCUUUGAAACGUUGAAGGAUUACAUGGCCUCCUUCAAUGCGGCAUCACCAGGGUCAAAAGACAACCUGUUCGAGAUGUCAGUAAAAUCUGAAAAGCUGUUCAAGGCUAUGUCUGCUUUCAACAGUAGUAACGGCGGAACAUCAGAGGAUUCGUGGAAGCUGGUGGAUGGCUUGUUGUCAAUGGGUAAAGGUUUGGUUGAGAUGAAGAAGAGCGGUUCGAAGGAGAUAACUUUUGAACAGAGAAGAGAUCUGAUCAGUUCUAUGGUGAAAUGGGCUAGAGCUAUCGGUCUAUUCGUGAAGGCGGCCUCUGAAGAUAAAGGACAAUCUAUUGAUCUGGCAUCUUUUGGGAUCGACUAUGACAACCAUGUAGAAUCCCCUUUUUCAAAAAGAGCUAUGUAUGAAAAACAAGGAACGUUCUCAUUACCCCAUUACUUGAAGAAUGCCCCCAAAAUGGGCAAAGACAUUGAGCCUUUCGCUUACAAAGGUAUGUCGGACUUCUUGGGUAGCCUAGAGAGUAAGUGUCCUGCGACACCAGAGUUCCAGGAUUUCUUUGUAAAGCUGGAGGACUACAUGGCCUGCUUCAAGUUGGUAUCACCCGAAUCAAAAGACGACAUGUCAGUGAAAUCUGAGAAGCUCUUCAGGGCUAUGAUUUUAUUGGAUGGUACUAAAGGCGGAACAUCAGUGGAUUCGUGGAGGAUGCUUGAUGGUAUGUUGUCAAUGGGAAAAGUUUUGGUUGAGAUGAAGAAGAGCGGUUCCAAGGAGAUAACUUUUGAACAGAGAAGAGAUCUGAUCAGUUCUAUGGUGAAAUGGGCUAGAGCUAUCGGUCUAUUCGUGAAGACGGCCUCUGGGAAUAAAGGAAAACCUAUUGAUCUAGCACCUUUUGGAAUUGAUUAUGAAAACAAUGUCGGAAAUGGGAAAGGUAACUAUAGAACCGGCCCUGUUCUGAUAGACGACGGCAGCGAGCUCUAAAGCCUCCAAAGUAAAGAAAGAUGUAAAUAAUUAUGGAGACAGCCCUGCUUUGUUAAACAGCAGCGAGCUGUAGAACAUUUUUGGUUAUUAUAACUAAUAAACUAAUCAUAUUUAU